AAUUACACAUGUAUGACAUGUAACAUAGAACAUAUUUAACAGACCCGACAGCACACGGACUGUUAACCAGGAUUUACCAACAUUUGCCCAAGAGAACAACUUUGGUUAAGAAGUGUGACAGCUCUGGGGAAAAAGCUGUUAGCGUGUCUGGAUGUGUUUGUUUUUAUCGUCCUGAGUCUUCUGCCAGAUGGAAGAGUCUGAAAAAGGUGAUGUCCAGGAUGAGAGGGGUCUGCUGUAAUUUUGCCGGCAUGCUUCAGCACUCUGCUGUUGUAAAUGUCCUGAAGCGUUGGCAGACGACAUCCAAUGAUCCUCUCCGCUGUCCUGAUUAUACGCUGGAGUUUGGCUCGUUCAUGUGAUGUUGAGGAACCAAACCAGAUGGUGAUGGAUGAUGAAAUAUGGGGAAUAACCCUCGGGCACGUCUAGCAGAUCCUUAAAAAACAACUUUAUUCAGACAAGAGGAAAAUGGUGUAACGUACAGAAUCCCAGCGUUAAUCUUCAUCAACGAUGGCCAGACCUUUCUGGCUUUUGCUGAGAAACGUAAAUCUCCCCGAGAUUCUGAUGCCCUGUUCCUGGUCAUGAGGAGGGGAACGAGACACAAUGGGACCAUUCAGUGGUCACAGGCUCAGGAACUCCGCACAGCUUGCUUAAAGGGACGAGAAAAGAAAAAUCGCACCAUGAAUCCGUGUCCCGUCUAUGAGACGGGAACGCAGACGCUCUUCCUGUUUUUUAUCUGCGUGCUGGAUGGUGCUACCGAGCGGGAACAGAUUUCUUCUGGUAGAAACAAGGCUCGAUUGUGUUACGUCACUAGCAAAGACUGCGGACAGACCUGGAGCGACACGACAGACUUGACCGAAAGCGUGAUUGGACAAGAUAUCCGCAACUGGGCCACAUUCGCCGUCGGGCCUGGCCAUGGGAUUCAGAUGAAAAGUGGCAGACUUAUUAUUCCAGCGUAUGUUUAUUAUAUUCAUUGUAGAUGGUUUCAUUUUGGCCGUCCACUGAAGGUGAGGUCACAUGCUUUAGCGUUUUAUAGUGACGACUGUGGCAGCACUUGGCACGUUGGAGAAAAAGUGAUCACUGAAUCUUGUGAGUGUGAGAUGGCAGAGAUCAUCGACCAAGAGCGUACCAGUUAUUUAUACUGCAACGCCCGGAGCACUAAAGGUCAGAGAGUCGAGGCACUGAGCGCGACCAGCGGAGAGGCUUUUGAUAGAGAUCACUUGGAGAAGAAGCUAGUCGAGCCAGAUCAUGGCUGCCAGGGUAGCGUGCUGAGCUUCACCGCACCCGAGCAGACCGAGAACCGUUCAGGUUCAGAAACGAAGUCGUGGCUCCUCUAUUCCCAUCCAACCAACAAAAAGAAGAGAAAAGAUCUCGGGGUUUAUCUGAAUCGGUCUCCUCUUAGAGGCGUGGGUUGGAAUGAACCGUGGAUCAUCUAUCACGGCCCCAGUGGAUAUUCAGACCUGACGCAGUGUGAGGAGACGCAGCAGCGCUUUGCUUGCCUCAUGGAAUGUGGAAAGAAGAGUGAAGUUGAAGAGAUAGCCUUUGUAGAGUUUUCACUCAAUGAUGUGUUGAAUAAUUAAUUAUGAAAAACAACGCAUUAAGAUUUUAUGUAGGCUGACUUGUACUUAUUUACUAACAUUUUGUUCCGUUCUUUUCCAUUAGGCACUUUGGUUCUAACAGGUUUUAGCAGAUUUGUGUUCUUUGACUGUUGUUUACCUAAACUUGAGAAAUGAAAUGUUCACUAUAGAAGCACUUCUGUAAGUCUGAGCGUCUGCUAAAUGCUGAAAAUGAAAAUGUAAAUGUAGAUUUUUACCAGUGCCAUUAAGGUUAUAAUGUAAACACUAACCCACUAACCCACAAUCUAGCCACUAUUGGUGGGCGAUAUGGCCUUUAAAUAAUAUCACAAUAUGUAUAAGAACACUUUUUUAACAAGUUUAUUUUAAAACCACUUUUGUCUUGCAGACACUAAAAAACUCAUAUAAAAACUCAUAUCUCUAUAUGCUUUUGAGAAGUGGCGAUAUACGAUACAAUAUAAACUUAAAGUACAAUGGCACGCCACUGCUCGUAUUUUACUAAUGACAGUGUUUAUAUUAUGUAUUAUAACAGGCUGUAUUUGUACUCAUAUUAGCAACAUUUAUAUUAAACAAACCAGCAGAAUGUAAUUUAUACUCCUUUUUACUUCAAAUAAAUGAGCAUAAAAAAAUCC